UGCCCUAAUGAUGUAAAAGUUAUGCAAUAGCAUUAAUGAAAGUUCGUUAUACACUAGCUCUGAUAAUUAUGCAGGCUGAUGUUGAAGUGACAUUCUCAUUCCCAAGUUUGGACAAAGCUGAGGCAUUUGACCCUAGUUGGGUUAACAUGGAUGCCCAAGAACUUUGUAAACACAAGGGUUCAACUGUUCAAGGUGGGGUUGGACCAUUUGGGCUUCUGACAUUGGCUUCACAACACCUUGAAGAAUACACUCCUGUUUUCUUUAGGGUUUUUAAGGCCAAAGACAAUCAUGUAGUUCUCAUGUGCUCUGAUGCUACAAGUUCCUCUUUGAAGAAAAAGCUGUACAAGCCAUCAUUUGCAGGUUUUGUGAAUGUGGAUUUAGCAGAAAACGAACUUUCCCUUCGAAGUUUGGUAAGGCUUUUUGUGUUUUUGUUUCUAAAUUCUCUUUUUUGA